AUGGAUGGUCAGGGUUUCUUCGAUGAGGACGAGUUCUUGAGCGACGACAUCUGUCACCAAGCAGAAAGCGGUCUCUGUCCUCAAGUCGAAUCAGACCAUAACUCCUCCUCCUCCUACGCCGCCGACGCCGUCGCAGAUGCCGUCAACAACACAUCCUUCACCCACAAUAAUGAUGGCUUCCCCGCAAGCACUGGCGCCAACUCAUUCUUCAACGAUCCCAAGCACCCCGCCGUUUCAGCCUUCACUCUGUCUUUUGAUAAAUCCACCAUCAUCCCCAUCACAGACGAACCUCCAUGUCUCGCCAGAACUUCCUCUCCGCCAUCGAAACGACAGCGAGCGAUUCGCAGCGCUGAACACCGAAACAAGUCCAGAUCCUCCUCUGAAGUCAUUCAUCACAUUAUGACCGAGAGGAGAAGAACACAGGACCUCACUCAAAAGUUCAUAGCACUCGCCGCCACCAUCCCCGGUUUGAAGAAGGUCACUUAG